ACACACACACACAAUAUUUUAGGGCAUAUUUUAGGGCAAAUCAUUUCAGCCUCCCCAAUCGCCUCCAUCUCUAUUCUCGUUCUCAACUCGGCCCUCUCUCUGUCUCUGCAACUGCAAAGUACAAGAUCUACAAGAAUCAGAACCAAUAUUGGCAUAUUAGAUAUGAUUUUGAAUAACGACGACGAUGAUGAUUUUGAAUCACCCACAAUGGGUCCGGACCCACAAAUUCCAGAUCCACCGCAGACCCUCAAGCGUCUCCGGCGAGGUCGCACCACCGAAUCCACAUCGGCCACCCAGAAGCGGGAGUUGUGGCGUAGUGUCGAUGAAGAGAUUGAAGAGUUCUCUUCGCAGGAGGAUAAGCUUGAAGGUAAUGACACCCGAGUUGGUGGAAGUGCUGAUGCUAAGUGAAGAACAUGAACUCUGUGAAUGGAAUUGUUUUUGGGUGGAAUAUGUUUUGUGUUCAUGCUUGAAGUCUUCCAAAGUGACUGGGAAAAGAAAACAACAGGAGUGUCGAUUGCAUGGCCUAUCAAGUACAUCAAAAUUUGUCAAAGCUAGGAUUGCGAUUUGCGGUUGCGGUUGCGGUUGCGGUUGCCGUUACCGUUACUUUUUUUGUUGCCGCUAUAUUUUUUGUAUGGCUCAUGAAGAAGUUGCAAGAAGAUAUGAAAUUUUUUUGUUUUAUUUUGGUUAAGUAAAUGUAUAAGGUAUGGAUCAUGUACUUCUUUCAAAUUUGUAUAUGGUUAAUUUUUGUAUAAAACAAUGAUUUUGAAUUGGUUAUAUAUAUGAUUUUAUUGGUCAGUUGUAAAUUA